UCGCGCAACCGACUCGAGGCGCCGCGGGCACACCUCGAGGCGCGGACGUCGCCAUGCCGAAGGUUGCCGUCGUCGAGGAGGUCGCCCGUCCCGUGGUGGACGCUCCGGCGUCGCCCGAGGGCAUGGAAAACCUCAAGGUGCACGCCGAGUUUGCGGAGCGAUACACCGCCCCAUUCUGCCUCGGACCCGCGCGCGAGUGCUUCUGCUGCGGGAGCCUGUGCAACAAGCAUCACGGCUGCGGGUACAACUGCAGGCAGUGCUGCUGCGACGACCUGCAGCUGUACUGGAAGAGCGUGUUCUGCAUGCCCUGCGUGCUCAGCGAGAUGGUCACCACGGCGAGGCUGGGCAGCGGUCUCAACACCAUCCUCUACUUCGGCUUCUGCGUCGGCGUCACGCAGGUGCUCCCGCUGCUCGGGUGGACCGUCGCGUCCAGGCAAAUCACGGAUACCGUCAACGCGGCGACCAAUCGCUUCGGCGUCCGAGAGAAGGUCCCGUGGCUGUGCGACCGGAGCGACGCGGACGGGUGCAUCUGCGGCACGUUCUGGUGCCCGUACUGCGUCAUCGUGAGGGCGCAGAUGGAGAUUCGGCACAGGGCACGCGCGGGGGUCGAGGUGGGUCACGGGAUCUAUCGACCCCAUCCACCGCCGCACGUCAUGCGGAUGAAGAGGUCGGGAGUCGACGAGACGACGGGGGAGAAGAAGCCGCCAAAGUACGUCGGCAUCAAGGAGAAGGAGGACCCGAUGCCGUCGCAGGUGCGGGUCGAGCUGUGAACGGCGGAUGGAGGACGCGUCGAUGGAGGGAGGGGCCGGCGGAUGACGAUUUAUCCAGAUUGUAACACUUAUUCGAAGACUAACACUUAC